AUGUCCUUCUCAAAUAGCAGCGGAGGAACACUUACUGUUCCAAGCCCAACCCACGUCCACCAUGUCGAUGUGCUUGCAUCUUCAGUGAGGGGCCUACGUCGGUCACUCUCCCGAUCACCCUCCAAGUUCAGUCUGGCACGCACAAAUUCCCAGAGCUCCGACAGCUCUCACAGCGGAUCACACACUCCUAUCCAGCAACAAUCGCCUUGCCGACGAUACACCCCAACACCGACACCACCUAGUAGCAGUGGCAGCAACAGCGGCUUCCAGGAACAACUCCCUCUCAGUUUUACUCCGGCGGGCCUUCCUCCCUCAAUGACCUCUACCACCCCUCUCAGCUCACCUCCAAACCUUGCUACGCCCUUCCGCCCAAGUGUUCGCCUAUCUCUACGCUCUGCCAAAUCAUCCAAGGUGACGGGCAGCCCAUCGAGGCCAAUCACUCGAUUACGGACUUCGCCAAAAUCUCCCCUCAAGCGCGCGCUCAACGCUGCCGCGGACUCUGGAAACUCAACGCCUUCCUGCCCCUCCUCUGCUUCAAGCUCCGAUAGUCCUGGCCAGGAAAACAACCAAGCCAGCGAUCAAGUUAGCCCACUUUCACGAUCAAGCCUUCAUAAAUCAUCGCGCCACAGUCUCCAUCUCGACGUAUCCGGCCACGGUCAACAAUCAAAUAUCUUUAGGACGGUUGAGGGCCACGGGGACUCGCAGGCAAUACCGGGAUCAGGCGCCCUCAAACGUAGUGACGCAAUCAUGAAUCUCGAUCAGGCGUCGCUGGGCAGCCCUGUCGCAAAACGACGUAGUUUGCACGGAAUCUCUGGUUUUAACCAGAACACGGCUGAUUUCAACAUUUUCGACAACACCGCGAGCAGUAACAGCAAUUCUAGCACACCUGGCAAGACAAAUUUCGAUAUUCACGAUGAAGCCAACCGUGAGUACGAGCUUUUUGGAUCGAGCGCUGCUCCCCACCGGGAGCCGCUCCCUUCGCCAACCCCGCCUCCCCAGGCCCCCCGUAGAACUGGGUCUUUGCGGAAGUCUACGCUCCAACAAAGGCAGCAUGACAGGAGUUCUUGGGGACGUCGAUCUGGUGCAACUCAUCUGGCCCAGAUGAGCGGAGACUUCUCGACUCCCAAUGUCAAGAACCGGCCACGCUUGUCGAUGGAUCAGUUCCUUCCCCCACAAGUGCCUCGCGACAGCCCCUUUACGUCCAACUCGCCUUUGCCCAACCCAUCUGCUCACCCUGUUGAGCGCCAAUCUCAUCAACCCCAUCCGUUAUCUAAGACGCUCGUGACAUCGACAUCGGGCAACAGUCUGGAGGAGCAGAACAACAGCAUGCCUCCCCCCUACGUAUUCGAGAGACCUCGAGCCCCCAUCAACUUUGCCAAGUCGAUGCCUUACGGCUCCUCCCGGCCUUCAUUCAUGCAGGAGGAGAAUGAGAACGUCACGCCCUUCAAGGCAGCCAAGCCUUGGGCCGGAGCCUUCAUGUCGACCGGUCUCGUCUCCAAGGUUAACCGCAACCCCGAGGAGUAUGACAACAAGCUUACCAUGCCUGACACUCCUUGCAAGAAGCCCACAAAUGGCUUUGCUACUUUUCCACCGCCGCCUGGCAGCGUGAUGAAAAAGGGCAAUCGCUACUCCUUUGGUGGAAUGCCAUCCACCCCUUUUAACGCCUCGGGAGCACCCUCCCGUAGUACCUUUGGCAACCCAGGAAAAGGUCUGGGUAUCUUCCAGCGAAUCGGUUCCCGUCAUUCCCGGAGAGGCAGUGUUUUGAGCUUGGACGACGAUAAGAAAUUCUCCCUCGACACAAACUUCAAUGUCGGUUUGGGGACCGAGCCUGAUGCCCCUCCGACACCUACAAAACAAGGCCUCACCCCUAGCUUGAGCAACUUGAGCGAGCAGAGCAUCGAAAGUCCUAGCGCUAAGAAAUCCCUUCCGCCCAUGUCCGCUGUUCGGCCGAUGAUAUCUAGAGAAUCAACUGGUAAGUGUACCUCUCAGGAACAGUCUAACGAUAGGACUGCCAGUGCUCCGCAGUCAGGCUCUUUGCUUGACUCCACUGGUCCUCUGAACUGCGGACUGUCUCCUACUUUGCGUCUUUCUUUGCCGUCGUUUGCUCAUUCGAGAUCCGGGCGGGGGCUCAACGCCCCCUCACCUUUGCGGACUCGUCUCUGCUCCUUGACGGUCGACCCUCAAAAUGAGUUCCUGGCUAAGAUUACCUCUCAUGAUACAGCUAGCCCGGUUGAACAACGCUCCCCACGAACUCCGUCAACUCACAUGGUCAUUCCCGACGCCAGCUGCCUCUCGAUCUCAAACCCUACCGAGCCGAAAAACGUGGCCACCCCUGUCACACCCUCUGGACGUGAUUCUAUUCAGAGUACCACGACCCAGCUCAUGACCCCGGUAAACGUACGUAGCGGCGCUGAUGUCGAUGACUCACUCUACUCCCGCUUCGACAAGGUCGAGAUGAUUGGAAAGGGUGAAUUCUCCUCCGUUUACCGUGUGGUUAAGUCUGGCUACUCUCGCGCGUCGUUUCUCUCCGUCUUUAGUGGAACGCCAACGAAGAACUCCCGUGAGAGCCCUGAGCCUGAUAGGGUUUACGCGGUCAAGAAGGCUCGUCGUCCAUUCACAGGACCCAAAGAUCGCCUGGCCAAAUUAAGGGAGGUCCAUGCGCUCCAGGCCUUGACACACGCAGACCACGUGGUCCACUACGUCGACAGCUGGGAGCAGAAUCAGUACCUCUACAUCCAAACUGAAUACUGUGACGAGGGCACUCUGGAUAAGUUUCUGAGCAAUGUUGGCCGUAAGGGCAGGUUGGAUGAUUUCCGUAUUUGGAAGGUCAUCCACGACAUCGGCUUGGGCCUUCAAAGCAUUCACGAAGCUGGUUUCAUUCACCUCGACUUGAAGCCUGCGAACAUUCUCAUCACCUUUGAGGGGACCCUCAAGAUUGGUGAUUUCGGCUUAGCCACCGAGUGGCCCGCCGCAAAAGGCGUCGAUGCGGAAGGCGAUAGAGAGUACAUUGGCCCCGAGAUUCUCCGUGGCGACUUCAACAAGCCCGCAGACAUUUUCUCCCUCGGUCUGAUCACGAUUGAGAUGGCAGCCAAUGUCGUGCUUCCCGACAAUGGCCCAACCUGGGUCGCUCUGCGUUCUGGUGACUUAUCUGAAGUCCCUAGCUUGACCUUCAGCGCAACCACUACAACAAGUGCUCAGCGUGAUGCCGCAGGCGUUCCGACUAUGCCGUCUUUGGAUGACCCUCUUCUUGCUCAAACCAGUGCUCCCAGCAUUGGGCUCUCCGUGGGAGUUGCUCCAACCAGGGUCAACGUGGUGAUGGACGAUCAAGCUAGCCCCUUUAUCACCCGCAAGCGCACCGAGUUGAGGUCGCCUCCUGACUUCAUGAGCGAUCCUUUCCAUCCUAGCUCCCUCGACCAAAUCGUUAGGUGGAUGAUCCGACCUGAACCGAGUGAGCGUCCUACUAUUCAACAACUGCUCUCGACCCCUGCGAUGACCUGGGUUGCUGAGCGCCGCAGGUCAGCUGCGACAGUCUUCGAAGGCGUAUGGGGACCUAGCGAGUCGACCGCACUCCCCACCUUGAUCGACGAGGCCUUGGUUGACGAAGAUACUGAAAUGAUGGACGUCUAA